AUGCGUCGAGCUGUCACAACCACAUCACUGUUCGCGCCAUCAAGCUCGUCGCGCAAUUGUCACAGCCCUGGCGGCAUAAAUGAUUGUUUCGCUUCUUCGGUGAAUACUAUUCAACGGUCCCUCUUUGGCUGGACAUUUGACAUCCUCCUCUUAUUCGCCAGCAUUCGAUCCCGACGCAGCACGACAGCAAGAGGAUACGCCUCGUCCGCCGCCUGGGGCCAGCAGCUUCCCGCUUGCUGCAACCCUGAUCGACUUGCACUGAAUCCCGCCCUCUCCCCCCCCGUCAAGCUGUCCCGAGCCGUGUCUCGCCGACAUCGCUACGUGCCGGCCAGUGUUAUGGCCGAGCGGAGACGUCGAUCGAUCUAG